AUGACCACUGCAGCAAGGAUGGAUACCUUCAGAUUUCUCGACCUACCAAAAGAAAUCCGACUAAUAGUCUACGAGCAACUCCCCUUCAUCAGACGACACUCCACGUUGAUUAUGCCAUAUACUCCGGACCACAAGGGCAGUAUCGUUCUCGUCCUCCAAGUACUUCCUCUUGCUAUCCUGAGAGUGUCCAAGAUGAUUCACGAUGAAGCGUACGCCUUGCUCAAGCCUAAGAUGUACGAGCUGCUCUAUCGGCCGCCUCGACUUAUCAUACCAGCACCAGAUGUUUUCAAGAUAGGAGCAGGCUUCGCUAAGUUUCUCCAGAUCGCCAGACAACUGCUCCACAAACAGUCUAUAGCAACACUGAGCUCUGGUGAGAUAGUUUAUUACCAACCAGGAAUGGUAUACUACGCUCAGGGAAACAUUCCACUGAUCAUCACUCUCUCGCUCAUCCAGUGGGCACAACACGCUGGUCUCUAUCUUGGACAGAUGAAGGUCCAUCCUAUCUUGGCUCGAUUUGCAGCAGACAACCCGAAUCCACCAAUGAGAUCCGCUGGAGUCCAGCUAUUGAUCAGCCAACCAGGUAUGGGACCAAAGUUAUGUGAGACAUGUCUCGAGGACCACAUACCGCUAAUGCACAUCCUGAUUUACUUCAUAUCUGAAAACCUCAGCAUGGCCCGAAAGAAGAACCCCAAGGUGAAUGUACUGCUUCUAGGUACGAGCGUGUGCAAUCCAGAUGCUCAGAACGGAUUACAUUACCACGGGUCAGAAGACUUGCAGGAAGAGCUAAACAGUGCAUUGUGGUGGAACUGGCCAAAGUGUAGAUUGCAAAAGAAUGGAGGACAUAUUGUUGAGCUAACGGCUUGGGAAGGAGAUUGGCAGGCUAGACCUACAGUGGGGAUGUUGGGAAUUUCAAGUGAUGAGGAAAAGACGGAGAGUGCGACGUACAUCGACUUCGUCCAACAACAUGUAGCGUCUGAUGGCAAACGAACAUCUCGACACGAUACACUGCCCUCGUAUUAG